AUGGAUGAAGGUGAAGAAGUAACGCUUCUUGCUGUUGCUCUCGCUGGAGAGGAGACCUAUUGGCUAUGCCAGCCAAUUGCUGGGAAGCGGCUUCAACCGGAGUGGAAGAACUGCACGUGUCAUUGGUUGUACCUUGUAGAUGGUGAUAUUCAUAGCGUUAUACCUUGGUACACUGAAGAUAUGGGUGCUCUACUGGAGGUUGAUAUUUCUGAAACGUCUAAAAUUGAACGUUUUGCAGUAAUAUAUGAUUCAGUGAAGGCACGAAAAAUUGUUGUCAACACAGGAGGAUCCUCUAGAACCUUUUUUAUUAUUACAAAUGAGGAGAGAGAUAUUGUUGAAGCUAAAUAUGAUGAUCUUCUUAAGCGAGAGAGAAGUCUCUCUGCUGCUACUCCUACUACUGAUCCUGUUUCCGUUAGAUCUCACAAUAAACCGCGUGAGGAAAGGCGACAAGCUAAACUAUCUUCUGCUUCUGAAAGAAAUGGUGAUAGUCAGGUUGGAAAUAAUGAAGUAUUUUCCUGGAAAAAUCUUUAUAUAGUGGAGUAUGGAAAUCGUAUUUUUUAUGUAUGUUCUGCUCCACAUGGAAAUAAGUAUGGAUUUAAGGUUGAGCGGCUCAUUCGUAAGGGAUUUACAAUAUAUUUACUGUUCCAAGAUGAAGCUGCAGGUCCUUGUAAACUGGGUGAUAGUCAAAAAGUCGAUAGAGUUACAGCAAGUUCUGUGUUAAAAGCAGAUGAAGGAAAAGUAAUGAUGAUGACGACAGAGGCACAUGGAGAAGUUGUUUCAAGGGAAAGGGAGUCCAUUGAAUGCUCUGUAUUUGAACCUCUUCCAAAAUGUGCAAAGAAAGAAAUUACAAAGGUAGAUUCACCUCCACCUCGCUCACUUAGAGCUAUUGGUGUAAAUCUGUGGAUAGAUGCUGAAGAAAAAAUUGGUGCUUCCGUUAAACUGGCGGAUAUGUUUCCCUUUUCAAGUGAUGGUGGGAGCUCGGUACGUACAACUGUCUUUCCUGAUGGAACGUGUGUUACAUAUGAUUUGUCUACUGCUGCAAAGUAUGUUGGCAAAAAGAAAGUUGUCUCCGCACCCACAGACCAUGAUAUGAUGGGACUUUUAGAGAAUAUUCAACUAGCAAAGGAACAGUUUAAUGCCUUGUAA